CAACAGGAUGAGUGCCUCUGUCAAAGCAGCUAUGGAAGAAAAGCUAAAAGCACUUGAUUGCCACUUUACAUGGAGCAUAAAGAAGACUGACAUCAAGGACCUGGACCGCGUCCCAGAAAAACUCUUGGAUCGGAUCAUGAAGUACGGCCCUUUGAAAUACCACGCCACCUAUUACAACUUACUAGCAUUUCUGAGUCACUUGGAUGGAAACAAUACUAGUGCUCUUGAUUAUCUUCAGAAGGCUGAGAGUGCAUUGAAAGAUAGGCGGGAUGACACAGAGUUACUGAUGACCUAUUCUAACUUUGCAUGGGUUCACCAUUACUCAGGGAACAGAGAUAACGUGGAAGUCUACAUUGGAAAGCUGGAAAAUAUAAAUAAGGGUAUUCCCAAGGCCUCUAAGAUUCAAGGCAGCUUGCCUUCAGUACAUGGUGAGAAAGGCUGGAGCCUUAUCAGGCUUGGGGGCUUCUUUUACCAGAGGGCAAAAGAGAGCUUUCAGAAAGCACUAAAGGGGGAGCCAGACAAUGUUUCCUUCAAUGUGGGUUAUGCCAUAGUCCUGUACAGGCUGGAGGGCAUGGUCAGGGAAAGAAAAGCGAGGUCAGCGGAAAGUCAAGCCACCAAUCAGCUGAAGAAAGCCUUGUCUUUGGAUCCUGAUAACUCUGAGGUCAUGGUCCUAUUGGCACUGAAGCUUCAGCACAAAAAUAAAGAGGAAUCUAUGAAACUCAUCACAAAGGCCCUCAGACUGUCUCCUGAUGUUCCUCAUGUCAUACGUUACGCAGCAAAAUUCUUCAGAUAUGAGGACUCCAUUAAUGAGUCUCUACAUCUUUUGGGAAAAGCUCUGGAGGUGUCUCCAAACUCCCACUUCCUCCAUCACCAAAUCGGCCUGUGUCACAAACAGCAACUUUACCAAAUGUUCAAACAAAAGACCAAAGGGGGAAGUGGGGGGCAGAUAAAAGCAAAGGUGGAGGCCUGCAUUCGUCACUUUUCCAGAGCAGUGGAAUUGAAGCCAUCAAACAUCCACGCAAAGGUGGACCUGGCGGAGGCUUACGGGAACAACUACCAGCUGGAGGACGCAAUGAGAAUUUUCAUCAGCCUCCUAAAAGAUAAAUCCAUCAGUGACUCUGAAAAGCAGCACUGCUACACCAGCUUUGGCGUGUUUCUGUUCUACAAGAAGAAAGACGAGCCCAGAGCUGUGGCAGAGUUUAAAAAUGCCUACCAGAUCCACAUUGAGAGUUGGGACAGGAAAGAGGCUGGGACGAAACUGAAGCAGAUAGCAGAGAGGUGGAAGGCUAACAAGAAGAAAAUAGUUGAGGCCUCUGAAAUUCUGGCAUUCCUCACCACUGAAGACAUGAAGGAGGGAAAUUGUGAAGAACCAAAGAGAGUCAUGGUGCACUCUUCACAAACAGAUGACCUUUCAGAUAGCCUACGAAAAGGCAUGAAACUCAAUUAAUAUUAUUAUUUUAAUUAUGUAAAUUGAUUAUCAAUAAACAAAUGUUUAGGAUGGAAGAUCAAAUUCACAAACCAAGUAGUUUAUUCUUAAAUUCAGUCAUUUUAGGAUACUGUGAGGCAAAAGCCUCCACCAAAUGAAAAAUCAUAGUCAAAAUUAACAACUUAGCCUGAUAGUACUCAUCACACUUAUCCAGGACAGAGAAGAGAGAGCAAUGAAAAAACAUAUACUUGGCGUGCCCAGCCCUGUACUUCUACCCCUGGCCACUCCACUGACCACCAUGACACCUGGCAACCGAACAUUCUGUACAUUCUUGAGUUUGGCGGAGAGCAGGUUGCCAGGCAUCUCGGACCCACGAAACAUGGGAUUGUGAGGACGGAAACUAAAAAUCAACCACAUAACUCUAGCAGCCUUAAAAGCUUGUGUAUGUCGCUAUAUGUAUAAAAACAGAUCUGUUUAUUACAUUGGAUUUUCUGUAAAAUAUUCCAAGUACUCGUUAAAAAGUAUAUUUUUUAGAAACAUGUUAUUAUGAGUUUGGAUGUGUCGCCCUUUCAGGAAAGUUCAUUAGGUAUCUUCACUAAUUCCAGCUUAUGUUGGUCAAACUGACAUUAACAUUGUGAAGAGAUAUAGUAUUUGCUAUUGUAACACUACAAUUGGUCAUAUUUAGGAAUGCUGCUUUAGCUUAAUGCAUUUUUAUGUUUUUUGUUGUAAAGUGAAACAAUAAUUAAAAGUUUUCUGCAAGUUUCAAGUUAUUUAUCAAACAAUAAAUUGCUAUUAGAGUUAGAAUGUAUAAAUUUAGGAAACAUGUUUUAUGUCUUUGAAUGUGUACCCAUUUGGAAAGUUCAAUAUCUUCCAUUUAACUUUUCUCGCUCAAAUUGACAUUAACAUUGUGAAGGUAUAAUAAAACAUUACCAACAAUUGGA